AUGUUCCGUGGACACAUUACCCGUUCUGAGUUGAGCCCUAUCGAGGGACUCUUUGGAUCAGAGAGUCGCGAGCAGAUCACAUUCGAGCGAGAACAGCCACUCGCUGCUUCAAAAACGCUCAACGCAUUCCAAAUGCCGGCAGGAGACCACGCAUUUCUAUUCGAUAUUCCGCUUCCAAGUAAGAUUCUUGAUACGGCGACUGGUGUAAACCAUCAAUAUCACACAUAUCGUGUAGAGGCCAUCAUCGAGCGCCGCCUCAAAAGCGACUUUGUGGUCUCACAGCCAGUUAGGAUUUAUCAAGUUUCCGACUUGGAGACAAGCUAUUUAAGGCCAUAUUGCCCAUUGACUCUCGAGGGUCACUCCAAUGAAAAUAUCCAGUAUUGCCUCUCCAUCACUGACCGGAACGUUCCAUUUGGUUGCACAUUUUCUGUGGAAUGUUGGUUUGCCCCGAUGCUAAAAUAUGCCAAGCUCAACACUGUUGCAAUCCAAGUGACUGAGAAACAAACUGCACUGUUGGAAGCUACUGCUGCAGAAUCAGUGCGAUACAACAUGCGGUUUGUCACUGCAGCAAAAACUCAACCUGUUCUCUCCAAGACCAUUAAUUUCUCCCAACAGGAUGAGUCUCCGGGAGAUGAUUGCCCGGAAAUUGAAUGGCGCUUCACCACAUCCGUCUCUCUGCCUCAGAGCCUCGGCGCCUGCUCGCAGAGUAUAUCUACCAAAUACCUCAAGAUCACCCAUGAGCUUUCUAUCACUGCUGAGUUCCACGAUGAGGCAGGGAACGUAACAGCUGAGAUCACAAAAAUUAUGCCAUUGAAGAUUUAUAUGACACCUAAUGUUAUUGGAGACAGUGCAUCCAUUCAUGUGGAGGAUAUCCAACUCAUGCAGGGAAGCCAAAGUCCUCCCCCGGCUUAUAGCGACCACUUUUCGGACUUGGUAGUAUCGGCAGCUACGCAAAUGAAUCUAUGUGAACAUCUGGUGCGGGCAGAGAUCGAUUCUGCGCGAUCGUCAAGUGAGGAAAGGGUGAGUAUUCACACGGUGGAUCCUGCUCCUCGAUAUGAAGAGAUCGUAUAG